AUGCUGCAGGUGUCCGAUUCGAAACUCACCAGAACCUACAGCGAAAGAGAGGCCCGUGGUUCUCACGGUCUGAUGCAGAUGAUCGAGCGGGGAACUGUCGACGACGUGCGCACGAUCUUGUUGAAAACGCAACCGCCAGACAGAUCGAUACUAACUGCUCCGAGUCUGGAGGCCGAGCACUUCCAGCGAACGCCGUUGAUGGCGGCUGUUGAACGCGGCGACUUGCCAAUAUUUACGGCGCUUCUGCACUACUUCGAUCGACUAUUCUCAGCCAACGACUAAUACUACAGUACUACACAGUCAGGCUAAUAGUGGUCAGCUACAAUGUCAGACUAGGGUACUGUACAUGUACAUGGAGUCUUGACGUUGUGAUUUCGGCUUCUAACAAAGAUCGUCGUGUGGUCCGAUUGGACUCGAAGCAGUGGGGUAAGGCGAGGGGGUUGAUACGGGUUUCCACGAUCGAUCACAAGUUUAGAAGUCUGCUUACUGUAUGUCCGUGUAGUUCCCCAUAUUGCGCAUGUACUAGCCCAUUCGAGGCUUUCUGCCACCACCCCACGCCAACAAUCAACCGGCAGUAAUAUUACGGGAAACUCUCCCUACUCUUCGCCACACUUGAUGAUGAGUAAAUAAAGCUACGAACAUGAGUACAUUUCAAUUUUUUUCCCAAAAAACGCAGUCUACUGCUAUGUACAUGAUGUAGGACCGUUCCACUCGCACCACGUUCGAGAAGGAGACAAGAAAUGCUUGAUGAAAAUGCAAAGAAAAAAGAACAGGAGAUGCACAUGCAGCAAAUUGCGAAGGUGUACCGAUUCAGGUAAAAGUCAAUCGACAGAUACCCUGCGAAUCGGGUCCUCCUUAACACUCUCCACCCACCCACAGAAUUUACCCUCAACUGGGAACCUCUUGUGGCCAGGAUGGGUAAUUCGUUAAUUCGAUGGAAGUGUCACAAGGUUCAUUGUAGGAUCGACUCCAAGAGGCGUUCUCAGGACUGACACACAUUGCGUCCUUGGGAAAAUAUCCAAGUCAGGAGAAAGAUGUGCACCCAAGGAGAUUCGAACCAGUAUCCUGCCGCUGACG